AAUGUAUAAAAGUUUCUUCUCUAACCAAGUCUCAUAACUAACAAGUGCAAUCGAGACUUUGUAUCCCUGGCGUCUUUUCUGCAUGCUAUAGCGAAACUGCAGCUAAUUAAAACCCGAGAUUUGCCAAUACAAUAGAAAUUUUUGUCGGAGGUCGGAUGGCAGGACGAUAGACGACAACUAACGAAGCUUGACGCGUGCAGUGUUGCGGGAUAAAUCGCGUUUUGUUGCGUUGCGCUCUUUUCCAUUCCAAUCCGAUUCACACACAUACGCACACGAACACGCUAACACAAACACACACACACACAAGAGCGCACACGGAAGCGAGUGAAAGUGCAUCUACAUCUGUGAUUCUGUGUAAUAAUGCGUCGCGCAAUCGCGAAUUUCGGUCGCUCCAGCAAGGACUAACAAGUGAUCCUAUCCGGAGACUGUGAUACGAGUGCUAGAGUGAAAAGCCUUCCGAUGGCCUCCAAAGAAUCGGAGGAGGAGCAACCGGGAGGGUCAACCACCCAACCAUCCACCCCCAUCGAAGAUCCCAUUGUAAAUGGCGAUGAGGUGGAGGUGGAAAUUAAUUUGGAGGUGACUUGCUGCCAUGCGAGCGAUGCCCCGGCAUGCUCCGCUAUCACCACCGAUACCAUCUCCUACGCCACCUCCUCCUCCUGCUCUGCUGCUGCCAUGGAAGCGGCUGCAUCGCCACCGCCUGACCAGGCGAAGCCGGCGGGCUGCCAGCUACUGGAGCGGCUCAACUUUCCCGAGGGCAACAUCAUUAAUACGCUGCACACCAUCCUGGCGCUGCCGCCAUUCGAUCCGUAUGCGCCGCCGCCAAAAUCCGAGACUGUCUACAAGGAGGUGGUCUCGCUGAUGCAGUGGAGUCUGCGGGAUGACAAUGCCAUCGAACUGGAGCUCAGCGAUAAGCUGCUCCAUGCCUGCGAUCAAAAGGGCACUGAUCCCAACGACAAAACGCGCUCGUAUUUGAUGGCCAUUGAGAAGAUGCGUCUGUUUUCGGAGGACCCAACGAAUCCCCUGGAUGCUGACGGGCAGCUGCGUGCAAUUACGCUCUAUUUUCAGAAUCUUGCCUUCAUAUUUGUGAAACACCGGAAGGAGGAGUUCUUCACAUUUUGUUCCUGCAAGGAAUGUCUCGAAUAUCGCGAAACCAUCAUGGCCAUCAUGAUGGAUCAAUUUAAGGCUGCGCACAUGGUGGUUAUGCUGUUGGACGUACUGAUCAAGGCCUACAGUCCCAUGUUGAAAAACGAUGCUGCCUAUAAUAAGUUUGAGAAGCUGCUGGAGUGCAACAAGGAGAUCUAUUGGAUCACCAGCGGCUACCUCUACGAUAAAAAUGCCGAAUAUCUUGAUUUUAUUGAUGACACAGCGAUCUCUGAUAAUAUGAUAUUAGUGUUAUUCAGCGCCAUCUUAAUGGCAAACAAUCCGAUGUUGCUGCUACAAAUACUCGCCUAUAACGUGGAAUGCAUUGUGAAGGCAUUCACUGAGGGCAUGAAGGAAAUCGCUCAGAACAUUCAGGAGAACGAGAAGCUAACUGCAGAGAGGAUGCUAACAUACAUCCUGGAUGGAUACUCUGAUCUUAACUGCAUCUCGCAGAAGAUCUCUCUGAGCCUGUUCGCCUUCGAGAACGAUUUUCUGCGCAAGUUUAAGCUCUCCUGGGUGCUGCUCUGCCAGCGUCUGUUCCAACAGCACGUGUUUGCACCUCUGUGCGACACCAUGCUGGCCUGCAUCCUCUCGCUGAAGGAGGCAACACCGUCGGCACCGACCAUUGCGCUGAUAAAGCGUUACAUGCUCUUCGACGAGCACAUGCACUCCAUCGAGCGGCGCUGGACGGACAUUUGGAUUGAGCUGAACAAGUUCAAUCUGUCGCCGACAGAGCACGAUAGACGGGCGGGCCUGCUGGAUGUGUACAACAUAUUCGAUAAGGUCGUCCUGGAUGCCACCUCCUUUUCGCUGCCGGACAUCAGCGAUGAUGAGUUCAUAGACUUUCAGCGCAUUGUCGACCGGCAGCUGGCCUGGAAGAACAUAAUGGCCUUCACCAAACUGAAGUGGCCCGAUGGCUUCUACGAUCCGCCCAACAAGCUGGUGCAUGAGGAUCUCUGCAAGAAGUGCAAUUCUCUCCUCGAACACCACAACGAGAACUGCAAAUGCAUAACUUGCUCCAUAGCUGGCACACCUUUGCGACCGCGACAAGCGGGCCAUUGCGCCAAGUGCACAACGCUCGGCAUUGUCGAGAAAGACGCCAAGCUGAUGAAGUCCAAGAUCCUAAGCACAUGCACCAGUGACGAGGCGAAGCACAAUGCGGCCACGGCUGCCGCCAGUUCUUCUGCCCAGCAGCAGCAGCGACGAUCCAGCGACUUGCCAGUUGAGGACGAGGCGCCCUCGGGUAGCGUAUCGACGGUGUUCCGUAGGCAGGCGGAAGCCGCUCCCACGGACACCCUGCGCACCACGUACCACAUUGCCUGGGCAGUGUUCCAGCAUUUGACCACCCGAAAGCGCUAUCGCCACGAUACAAUCGAGGCGCAGUUCUUUUGCGGUGAGAACUGCAGGGUCUCUGCAUGCCAACUGGCCAGAAAGAUCCUGGCCAACCAGCUCUCUCCACCGCUGACCAAGUAUCUGCUGCGGUGCUUCCAACCCUUGUCAUUUACCCGCGAGGAGCUUCGCUCGACUUUACCAUCGCUGAUGUUUUUCAACCGCAAAUUGGCGCCGAGCCCCGCGGAGCUGCAGGAGCUCCGCCAGCAGCACUAUGUCUACAGGACCUACUGGACCUUUGUCCUGUCCAUUUAUGCCAAUUUCUUUGUCAAGUUCAAUGCCAGCAGCACUGACUUCUCCGCCUUGGAGUUGCUCAAGGGCGACUUGCGCCUGCGCAUGAACAGUGUAAUGGGCGACAAGGAGGACGGUCGCUUCGAGCAGUUUUUGGCGCAGGUUAUUGGGUAUUCUCCAUUCAAAAUCACGGAUGAUUUUACACUGGGCGAUGCGAACAUAGAAAAGAUGCAGUUUGGUGUGGACCAGCUAAUGAUGUUGCACGACUCUCAAAUAAUAAAACGCACUAAACCAGAUAGCACUACGGGCUCAUCGUCGGCCAAAUCAAAGGCAGGUGAUCCCAAUAUGGCACAAUCUGGUGGCAGAAGUGGCGAUGCCAGCGGCACUAAGAAGAGUAAGGAGAAGAUGCGCAAAUGCUGUGCUGAUUAUGCGGACAUUGGUGAACCUUGCAAGGAGAACCACUCCAAGAAGCGCGUUAAGAAGGAGUGUAAUCAUGCUCGUUUCAAUGAGACUCGUGACCGCCUUCGCAAGAAGCUCUCACAGAUUGUUAACGAUCGCAAGACCAAAUCGACGGAAGAAAAGUCCACGGCCGAGUCAGCCUCCAACCCACCAAAGCGUCCGCCCAAGGAUGAAGGUCAGAGCGGCAAUCAGCCGCCGAGCUUGAAGAUGUUUGCCUCCAAGCAGCUGAAUUCUUCGGCCAACUCCAGAAAGGCUUCUAGUGCAGGGGCUUCCAAUGAGACCGACGAGCAGGAUCAGGAGCAGGACAAUAGUCUGCUUUGCCUGGACAGCUUGUGCAAGAGCAUUCAGAUGCACACGGAUGCCACUGCGGCGGCCAAUGCCGCUGCAGCUGCCGCAGCCGUAGCGGCUGUCAAGGGGAAUGGAACAGGUUUUCCAGCUGACUACAGCAAGGAGGAAAUGAUGCAGGACUUUGCCGAGUUCCUUGGCAGCUACACGCGCGAGCAGGACCAGCAACGCUGGAUCAACGAAACCCUUAACUUUAUCGAGGGCAAAUCCCAACAGCCGCAAACCUCCAACCCAAAGAAGGCGGCCAAAAAAGCCAAGCAAAAGAUGCGCCGCGAGGAGGAGAAACGCAUCAAGGAGCUGGAGGAUUUGCGCGGUCAGUUCUUGGACAUAUAUUUUAAGGAGUUCAUUGAUAAGUACGAGAUGAAGACUCUCACGGCUGCUGGCGGCCGGAAGAAGGAGAAGAAACGCAUCGGGGAGUUGGAGUCGAACAUCAAGAACCUCCAGCGCGCCAAGGCAAAGGUGGAGACAGUGAUCCUGGAGCUGAUUGCCACCGUGAAGCAAACCAAUAGCGAAUUUAGGUUCUCCUACCUGCCCACAAAGGAGCAGCAGCUGGCCAAAAUGGCGCAGCUGGAGGAAAUCUUAAACGGAGGAUCAUCCACAGCUGCAGUCGAAGCUACCAAUCAGUCAGCUCCUGCAGAACCCCCUGGAUAUCCGGAGUAUAGUAACUCCUCCUUUUACCCAGGAGCCUCAGCCGCUCCUGUUGCGCCUGUUAGCUUUGCUCCUCAGCAGCAGCUCUCACGCGAUGUGAUCGCCGCCAUGGCGGCCAACUCCAUCACUGCCGAUCCCUCCAAGCGCAUAGUGACCAUUAGGCGUGUGCAGCUUCCCCAUCCUGGUGCUGAGCAGCAGGUGACUGUGGUGGCCAAAGGCAGUGCGCCGCACGAGGAUAAGCUGCUCUACACUUUUGUGAACGGCCAUAUGGUCGCCUCGGCAGAGGCUGCGCCGGUGCCCGUGGCUCCCGCUCCGGUGGUUGUAGCUCCUAUUCCAGCUCCCAGUGUUCCGGAGAAGAGCGCCAAGGCGAAGAAGAAAGAGGCUAAGCGAGCGGCAGCAGCAGCUGCGGCUGUGGCGGCAGCAGAAGCCGCGGCGGCAGCAGAGGCAGCGGCGGUAGCCGAAGCAGCUGCAGCAGCGGCCAGAGCGGCGGCGCUGGCUGAACAGCAGGUCAAGGCCAAGCUAACCAAAAAGCAGCCCAAGAAGCAGGCUACUGCCGUGGUGACCAACAACAGCGCCACGGCCAGUAACACCUCCUCCAAGUCUCAGACGCCGCAGAGCACCCGCGAGAGCUCGGUGAGCAGUGUGAAGCCAAAGACGGCCCCCAAAAAGGGCCCGGCUGCCAAGAUUCCAGCUAAGGAGCCACCCAAAAAGGAGGUCCCCAUUCCAGAACCAGAGCCACCAAAGCGUCAAAAGCGUGUUAAGUCUCGUCUGGAUCCUGGACAGCUGGACAACAAUCCUUUCAAGUCUCUGCACAUGCAGGACUCUUCGGAGGGUGAAUGGGAAACGGGCAGUGAGGAGGACGAGGUCCCUGCUCCGCCAGUUAAACAACAGACAGCUAAACUGCCAGCAGCUCCGUCGGUGAAGCCGGUGGCCCCACCUCCAGUGAUUGGUAAGAAGAAUCAGCCACCAGCCGUUGCUCCGGUGGUUGUUACUUCCAAAAAGGCCAACAAACAGACCGAAGCGUCGCACAAACUGCCGUCAAAGGAAGCCCCCAAAGUUCAAACCCAAGCCAGGGGCAAGCCUCAUCCCCAGCAGCAGCCAAGUCAGCCGGAGAAGGUGCUCCCACCAAGCAAGACGCAAGUGCCCCAGCGCCCGUCCGACUCCAAUAGGAAGCAGAAACCAGCUUCUGGCCCAGUCGAAUCGAAUCGUAGUGUCCAUAAUGUCCAUCCCCCACAGCAGCAACACCAACAGCAGCAGCAGCAACAGUCGUUGCGUGGAGGUCGAGGAAACAACCCGCGGGUGAAGCCCCCACCCAGUGGCCAACAGCAGCAGCAGCAGCACUCAAGUGCUCAGCCCGAACGAUUGGAAGCUAACGCGAAUUCGAAGCGAUCCCAGCGGGGCAAGCGUGGACACCGCCAGAAGCAGGAGGACCUAUCCGGCAUUCCCCACAACAUGGGUUAUUUUAAUCCAAAUGAAGUUGCCAUACCACCGCCGCAGCAGCAGCAGCAGCAGACGGGCAGUUACGCCAGCACCUUGUCCCAGCAGAUGAACAAUCUCCGCAUCAGUCAGCCAUCUGGCGGCGGCAGUUCUAAGCAGACGGGUCAGUCGCCAAACUGCAGCAUCAUGGACCAACUGAACCGGGGUGUUCAGGUGGAGCAUCUGUCUCUGCCGCCGGGCAUUACGCUCACCAAGGUGGAUCCGGCCAAGAGCGAGCAGUUACGCCAGAAGAGUGAGUCUAUUCGGCUGCUCUCGAAGCCAUUGGCCGAGCAACAGCCGACCCAGCCGCAGCACCAUUUCCAGCAGCCGUCACAGCAGCUUCUGAGCAACUAUUACGGAGCUGCCGGGAUGGCUGGCAUGGAUCCAAACGGGGUGAUCAUGGUGGAGGCGAAUCCGCGCUCCACCCGCAGUCAGGCUGCGCCGAGUGCUCCUCCCAAUGUGGCUGCAGCCGCUUCAGCGGCCACUGCCAGUGGUAAGUCCUCCAGACGUCGCCGCCGUAACCGCGGAAAGUCUGGAAGCGGUAGUGGUGCAGUUGGUGCUAAUGGCUCUAGUGGUGUGGCAACCAAGCAGCGUUCAGCUGGAGGUGGAGGAAACGUUGCCCCAGCCAGGUCUGGAGGAGCAGGGGAUAACCAAAAAGCAACUGCAUCGCCGAUUGCUGGCGGAGCCACAAUUGAGACCAGUGCCGGGGGCAACAUCAUAACUCUGCGCAAUCCCAUGUUCCAUCAAGGCAAUGGGCCAGUUUCCGGUGGUGGAAUGUUGCCACCAAAUCCAAACCCCAUGCCGCCAGCCCGGACCUACGGUGGCACUCUGCCCAUCGCACCCUCCAUGUCGAUGGACCAACCGGCGGCGAUCAUUAAGAACGAGAACGGCAUGUUCACCAUCCGCAACCCGGCACUGCACCAGGCCGUGACCAACGGUCUGUCGAUGGGCGGCUACCGGCAGUUUGGCAGCAACGUCAGCUACUAUACUCCGCAGGAGGCUGUGGCCGAGGCAGCUAGAGCCGCGCAGCAGAAGCAGCAACAGGGAUUGGGCGGCAGCCAGACCAACAGCAGCCCCGCCAGCUCCUUCUCGUACUUUUCCAGCGGCUCGGCCAGCGGUAACAGUAGCGACAACGGGACGCACAACAAUAUCAGUAUUAGCUGUAGCAACGUUCCACCGAAUGCCGAGAAUCCUGGCCGGUUGGUCGGCGAGGCGGCGGUGAUUGCCCGUCCCAAGCAAUCGCAGAAGUGUCUCUCGGCCAUUGGCAGUGAGCUGAAGCAGAAGACCAAAGACAGCAAAUGGCAAGCGGUCGAUUAUAAUCCGGCAGCUGCAGGUGGAGGAGUAGUUGGACCAGGAGUUGGAGUAGGAGUUCCGCUGCAAGACAAGUACCAGCAGUCGAGCUAUUACAAUGGCUUCGAGAUGUUCUCUGGCGGCGGACAGGCACCUGGCUCGAGCGGCGGCGGAUCCAGCGACUGUCACAUGCAUCACAGUUGCGGCGACGAUUCGCCGCCACCUCAGAUCACUGGUUUCAAUUCCUACCUGGAAGGCAUCCCGAACACUGGCGUCAUCCGCUACGACGACGCCGCCUUCCUCAAGAAUCUGAUUCCUGGUCAGCAUCUCAACAACGAGGUCUCGAUACACAAUAUAUCGGAGUCGAACUUUACGAGAAACAACGCCUCGCCAUCGCCGCAUCAUGUGGAGAUAACCAGUGUGUUCGGUGGACGGGUGCGAGCUCCAAGCGCCUUUGAGCCGCAGCAGCCACCGCCAGGUGCCACGUAUUGUGACAGUGAUACCCACCUCUUUGUGCAGAACAGCCUUCUGCAGCGUCCUUCCGAUCCCUUUGGCUACGACUUCGAUCCCUCGGUGGGCGGCGGAGCCGGAGGUGGCUCGAAGGCGGCCAGUGUGGCCAGCGACAUAAACGAAUUCCUGCGCCGCAGUCCGCACAGCCAGCGCACCUCGCCGUACAAUCCACCGGACGAAAGCGCCGCUGCUCUGGAGACGUUUGUCCAGAACAUGAACGCCCUGCAGAUCGCGAGCGAUGCCGAGCAGUGCUCGCGUCUGAACGGAACUGGAUUGGGAGCGGGAUCCGCUAUCGGAGGUGUACCCAAUGAGGCGCCCUUGCCAUCGGAUGCCACCGCCGGAGGAGCCGCCAAUGCUGCCGCUGCAUGGUGGUAAUGGGCGCGACAUGACAAGAGCUGCUGCUGCCGAAUCCGAAUCCCAUUCAAGCAUUCAUCUCAUAAACAUUUCAUCAUCGCUUACGGCGGAGAACGAAACAUAAAAAUACAAAAAACAGAAAACACAUCCAAGAAAUCAUUUAAAAUGGCUUAAAAGUCAAUUUCGAUGUUUCAGCAAAAAAGAGAAAAAUAAAGAAAAAAAAAUUUAACUUAAAUGUAA